GAAAGCUGAGGAAAGAAAGGAAAAACUCCAUUAAAAACCUCCAGCUUUCCUCCAUGUUAGAAAUGAAAUGGAAAAUGGAGUGGAUUUAGCAGGAAUACCGGAAUCCUCUGGCCAAACUGGAGAAGGGGAGAAGAGAAUCAACGCCUCUGACUGCUGAUAUUUUUAAAGUUGCAAUAAACAGAGGUCUCUCUGUCAGGAUGAGUAUUUCCUGACUCCAGCUCACAAGAAAGGACAAUCCUUUUCUUGAAUUUUUAAUAGAUGUAUCAUUUAUUUACCUCAAUGCUUCUCUUUACUGAUACGGUAAUUGUUAGAGGCAGCUGGAACAGCCUGGAGACAGUAUGAUUUCCUGAGGUGGAGAGCCUCCGAAACUCAGGAAGAGUGAAUACAAUUGCACUUCAUUUUUCCUUCAUGUGCACUUGGAAGUCCUGGGACCAGCAGCAGUGCCGCAAGAAUGAACUGUAAGGAGGAAGAUGACACCAGCACCGAAUGCAGCAGCAAUAACGUGAAGAAGAUGUUAAAGUGCGUGGUGGUUGGGGAUGGUGCAGUGGGGAAAACCUGUUUGCUGAUGAGUUAUGCUAAUGAUGCCUUCCCAGAGGAGUAUGUGCCUACCGUAUUUGACCAUUAUGCAGUGACUGUGACUGUUGGAGGCAAGCAACACUUGCUGGGACUGUAUGAUACAGCAGGGCAGGAGGACUACAAUCAGCUCAGACCCCUGUCCUACCCAAACACAGAUGUGUUCUUGAUCUGCUUCUCCGUGGUGAACCCUGCCUCUUACCACAACGUCCAGGAAGAGUGGGUGCCUGAACUGAAAGUCAGCAUGCCGCAUGUGCCUUAUGUGCUCAUAGGAACACAGAUUGAUCUUCGUGACGAUCCCAAAACUUUGGCUCGACUACUUUACAUGAAGGAGAAACCCCUCACUUACGAACAUGGAAUGAAGCUGGCUAAAGAGAUUGGAGCACAGUGUUAUUUGGAAUGUUCGGCCCUGACGCAGAAAGGCCUUAAAACAGUCUUCGAUGAAGCAAUACUCACCAUUUUCCACCCUAAGAAAAAGAAGAAACGCUGCGUGAAGUGCCGCCGCUGCUGUACGGUUGUAUGAGGCCACUUGAAAAGCAAAGCAACACAGUGCUACUGUUCAACUAAACCCCCCAGGUUAGAACGGCAGCGAGCAUCACACCCAAACUGAAACGGGGCACAUGACCAGAAAGGAGUCCUGGUAAACCACAUAGGAUUCCUCCAUUCUGUGAAACCUCCGGCUGUCACAUGUUAGCCAGCUAGUGUCUAUUUGCUUUCCUCAACCUGUAGAGCGUGUGUGCUUCCCACACGAUGCUCGAAUGCACUGAGCCAAGACAAAACAGGAUGUCGGCUAAUGGCUGACUCUGAAUCAGGUCAACGUGCUGCAUUGAAAACUUUAAAGACACUGUAAUACAACCAAAAAAAUGUCAUUUGUGGCCUUAAGGAAGGCUUGACCAAACAUAUAAAUUUAUAAUACUUAGGAAUUGAAUAUGAAUGAAUCAAAAGCACAGAAAGAUCAUUAGUAAUUUAAUAUGUAAUCAUAUACAUUAUAUAUAGGAUAUACUCUCAAAUUACUUUUUUUAUAAGAUACUCACAGAUUUCAGGAUCUACUUUUGUUUGUUUAAAAUGAUAUGAAGGCAAAGCCUUAGUGACUCCAAUUCCCAAUCAUUUAACUCUGUCAGUAUGUUACAGCACCGAGCCAUCAAAAUGGAUCAACAUUUACCUCCAGAUUGAAGGAAUGUUCUUUGUACUACAAGAAAUAACAAAUAAUUCUAUUUUAUACAGAAAAGUGUCCACGCAGGGUCAGGAGGUUUUCAGCAGCUGGGUGAGGCAGAACAGUAGAAGUGAAAAACCAUAGCAUCAAUUUACAGAAACAAAGUAAUCAUAUCACCAGAAAAUCUUGUAAUAGGCAGGCAGAACCAGAGAGGUGGUGCGUUGCCGUAUUAUAAAUUUAGUCUGUAGAUUGGUUGCAUUGCCACAUUUCACCCAGCAGAUGAAAACAAAAACAAAUAAGCCAAAGUCACAUUGAUUUGAAGUGCUUUAUAAUGAUCCAGUUGCCUUAGUUGAAACAGGAUUUUAGAAAAGAGUUUGUGUCAAGUUAUUCAUUCUGAGUCGACUUUUAACCAUGUCUAUUUACUGUAGUUCUCUCUCUGCUAUUCACCACUUUGUCGGUGUCUUCCGUGUCCAUUAUUGCAAAUAUCAGUGAAGGUAUAGUGUGGGUAUGCUACUCAGGAACUUUGUUUCAGACAAUAGACAAGAUGAUAUGCUUGCAGCAUGUAGGCCGGAGACAGGAAGCCUGAACCUCGAGGGAAUAAAAGCUGACAAUAAGCACUCUGGGCUGUUGAAUAAAGUGUACCUUUUUGCUAAGGCUUCUCCUGGGAGCCUGUUGUUUUGCACAUCACAGUAAGAUGCUGUUUUACCACAGAUACUCGGAGGUGAAUUGUGAGGGUGUCUUAUUACUUACAUCUGCCGACAAGUGCCUUAGAAAGACCCAGGUAGCUGUCUUGUUAUGGAUUUCAUUUCCGAUUGUACCUCUCCAAGGCAUACAAUUCAAAUGCCAGCAAAUCCAUGUUUCUAGACCUAUAAAGUAACUCCCCAAAAAAAGCUACUUCCAAAGUCAGUGUUUCCAGCCCUAGUAUGCAUUGCCCUAGUAUGAACUGCACCCUCUCCCACCAGCAAGUGCUAGCCUAGGUGGUAAGUUACUCACCCAUUUUGGGGAAGUCUCCUCUUUGGGUGUACUGUACCAUGCCUGAGUCUACAAAAGAGCAGCUAGAAAGCCUCUGCCAUUAACGAGAGAUUAGGGAACCAAUCCUACACUCCUUCCUCAGCAAAACUCCCACUGAGUUCAGUGGGAUUUUGAGUAAAGACUGUGGCAUUUGGCCCAAUGUAAGCAACACCAUAGAUACAAGGCCCAAUCCCGUGUUGAGUGCACUCAAAGGCAAAAACUCCCAUUGGCUGCCGUGAUGAUGACAGUAUUCUUUAUUACCUAGAUAUUUAUCAUUGCUGUUAUUUUUGAUAGCUUUGCUCUGGAUUCCAGCUGCACAGUUCACAUUGAAAUCAGUGGGAAGUGCAUAGCAAGAACAUACUGGCUGUAACUUAAGAGUAAACGAGGCAAUUUCUGUUUUAGUAAAUGCAACUCCCUAGAAUUCAAGAGCCUGAAUCCAAGGGCUCAUGAUCUUACUGAUACUAACUUACGCUUGGCCUUUGGCUCCAAUAGGUGCAGGAUCAGACCCCCAAAACAUUUACAUCCGUACAGGUCACCCAUUAUCUCGGAGACACCAGGGGCAUUUAGCCCUGGUAAUCAGUGAACAAGUGCCUUUCGCGUUAUUAUUACUAAGGAUACAGUUCUGUCAUGGAGGUCAUGGAUUUCAGGACUUUCCGGGCCCACCAGGAUGUCUUCCAAGGUAGGGCUGGAGUAGCUAUCAGCCCCAGGGACACCAGAGCAGCAGCCACAGGGCUGAUGCAAGGGCCAGAGUUAAGCCAGCUCCACUGCAGCUGUUAAGCCCUGCUGCAGGAGCAGCAGGGGGUGGGGGGUAGAGCAGUGGCCACUGCUCAGCCCCAUGGCUGCUGGAGCAGCUAGCCAGUGGAUGGGUCCAAGGUCACUGAAGCAGCAACCCGCUAGUCCACUGGAACAGCUGGUCAGCCGUUGCUCUUGAGCCACCAUAGCAGUGGCCAGCGCUCAGCCCCAAGACUGGCAGAGCAGCAGCUGGGGUUGAAUGAGCCUCCCCCCAAGAAUGGAGCAGCAGGGGGGACAGAGCAGAUGCCUGAGGUUAGUUUCUAGCAGCACUCUGAUUGUUGGUCCCUGCGGGGUCACCGGUGUCUGUGGAUUUUUGUGUAUUGCCCAUGAUCUGUCCCUGAUUUUUAAUUUAAAUACCCCGUGACAUCAUCUUCACCUUAAUUAUUGCAUGGCGGAGCGUGACAAACAUUAGGUCACUGUGCACCCACCUAGCCGAAAACGAAGAAAAUCUGGUGAGCACCUUACACCUGGGGCGUAUAGCCCUAGUGAACAGCCUGGAUCUUGUUCCAUCCUGUCAAUGGGGAAGUCUUAGAAUAGGUUGACAGAAAGUUUGGGAAAGUCUAGAAAGCAAACCCGACGAUGAUGCCACUGACAUCCUUCUGUAGGAAAGGCGCUGUGGUUUGCAUUUCAGCCUGAUAAACAUGUCAAUUUCCUAGUGCAGCUGGGCUGCCCACUAGUGUAUUUGGCAGGGGCUUCUCUGGGUUCCGAAGAGCAGCAGGAAAACUAGGAGCAGAACCAUUUUGGGAUCAUUUUAUUGACUUAACGUCUGACCCGACCCUCCAUGAAAGGAACAAAAGCUCCCCCCGGCCCGCCAAUUUAUUUCAAAGGACAUCAUGUCAAGGGUUCAGACUUCAAUCGGGCUCCACUGAGAUUUGCCACUGAUUUCAAAGGAAAAUGGCACUCUUAUUCUGUUCCCCACCAAUUGAGCUGUUAGACAGCAUACAGGUACAUAUGAGUCUCUGGUUAAGGAAGACUAGGGGCAAAUCUCUUUCACUUGAAUUGCAAUACAUGCCUGAAGGAUGGAUCUACCAGAUAAUGUUAUAGCUUCUGUAAACAGAAGAGUAAAUAAAACUCUAGAUUGGCAUAUAAGCUUAUCAUAAAAUAAUAAGUCAAUUGAAAAAGUGCAAUAUAUCAUUCUCAUCAUGCUUCUAUGAGGAAGCCACAGAUAAUUGAAGGAUGGGGUUUGGGUGCAGCUUAAUAUCACUGGUGACAGCAAAUACACAUGGUUUGACCUAUGAUAGGCAUGUUAUAUCAGAAAUUAAAUGACCAGUUACAGUAAUUUUGGGAAACUAAAUACUGUGAUAAUAGAAACUAAAAUGCUAAUAUCUUAAUAUAUUAAAACAGAUCUCUGUACAAAUCAUUGCACAGUAGAGAAAGCAGAUGGAGGAAUAUUAUUAUUCAAGAAAAAAUAUUUUCAUUAAUGCAAAGCAAGACUUUUGUUGCACUUACAAAGUUAAGUAAAUCAGUUUUGCAACGUGCUAGAACUGUGAAUUAACUAGAUGCAUUUAAGCUGCUUUUGACCAAAACUUGAGCUGCCCUCGAGGGGUUACACACCACUUAGAAAGGGCCCCUGGAUUCCAUGUAUUUUUUUUAAUUCCCUGCCAUUAGAAAAAAAUGUUUUAAAUGUACCAUAGUUUAUAUAAGUCCUACAAGGCCAAAUUUUCAGAAGGCUUCUUUAAUUGACCCCACUUCCUAGAUUUUUGAGUGCACAUAUUGCUAUGCCCAAACUGGCACUUAUAAUAGUAACUUCCCAGCUGUGAAACUCACUAUGUAUUUUUGAGGGAAGUAUGAUGGGUUGGAUCACAGAAAUCCUUUCGGGAUUGUCCUCUGAUGUGCUGAUCAAGCCACUGACAUCUGCCUUCCUGUCCACUGGGAUUCCCCACCACCCUGUCCUGAUGGGCCAGAAGCUCUGGUGACCCCCAGCCAAGGCACAGAAUUGGGGUCACUGCCCCCCUGCAGAGCAACACAGACACUGAA